AUGCACUCGAUUGCCCUCCGAAACUCUGCGAAGCGCGCGGCCGCGAUUGCCUCGCGUAACGCUCGCCCUCUGCUCCGCGAGCAGUUGGUCGCACCGGCGUUCACCCGCAGCUAUGCCACCCCCAAGGCUGCUGCUUCCGAGGUUAGCUCUAUCCUUGAGUCGCGCAUUGCAGGCUCUUCCUUUGGCGGCGAUGUCCAAGAGACUGGUCGUGUUUUGACUAUUGGUGACGGUAUUGCCCGUGUCUACGGUUUGAGGAACGUCCAAGCCGAGGAGAUGGUGGAAUUCUCGUCUGGUGUUCGCGGCAUGUGUCUGAACUUGGAAGCCGACAACGUCGGUGUUUCCAUUUUCGGUAACGAUCGUCUUAUCAAGGAAGGCGACACUGUCAAGCGUACCGGCCAGAUCGUCGAUGUCCCCGUCGGCCCUAAGCUCCUUGGUCGUGUCGUUGAUGCGCUCGGUAACCCCAUUGACGGCAAGGGCCCGAUUGAGGCUGCUGAGCGCCGCCGUGCCUCCCUCAAGGCCCCCGGUAUCUUGCCCCGUCGCUCCGUCAACCAACCCAUGCAGACUGGUCUCAAGCCCAUCGACGCCAUGGUUCCCAUCGGACGUGGUCAGCGUGAGCUGAUUAUCGGCGAUCGUCAAACCGGAAAGACUGCCGUUGCGAUCGACACUAUCCUUAACCAAAAGCGCUGGAACGACGGUCAGGAGGAGGACAAGAAGCUCUACUGUGUCUACGUUGCCGUUGGCCAGAAACGUUCGACUGUCGCUCAGCUCGUCCAGACCCUUGAGGAGAACGAUGCGAUGAAGUACACCAUCAUUGUUGCUGCCACCGCCUCUGAGGCCGCUCCUCUCCAGUACCUCGCUCCUUUCUCUGGCUGCGCUAUGGGCGAGUGGUUCCGUGACAACGGCAAGCACGCCUUGAUCAUCUACGACGAUCUUUCCAAGCAGGCCGUCGCUUACCGUCAAAUGUCCCUCUUGCUUCGUCGUCCCCCCGGUCGUGAGGCCUACCCCGGUGAUGUCUUCUACCUGCACUCUCGUCUCCUCGAGCGUGCUGCUAAGAUGAGCGACAAGUUUGGUGGAGGAUCCCUCACUGCUCUCCCCAUCAUUGAGACCCAGGGUGGUGAUGUGUCUGCAUACAUUCCCACCAAUGUCAUUUCCAUUACCGAUGGUCAGAUCUUCUUGGAGGCUGAGCUCUUCUUCCGUGGUGUCCGUCCCGCUAUCAACGUCGGUCUCUCCGUGUCUCGUGUCGGUUCCGCUGCCCAGACCAAGAUCAUGAAGAAGUUCGCUGGUUCGCUCAAGCUCUACCUCGCCCAGUAUCGUGAAGUCGCUGCUUCGCUCAGUUCGGGUCAGUACCAGCCUCUUCCCACCGAGGUCCAGGUCCCUAUCAUCUACGCCGGUGUCAACGGUCUCCUCGACUCCAUCCCCGUUGAGCAGAUCGUCCGCUGGGAAGGAGAGUUCCGUCAACACCUCGCCAGCUCCCAAAAGGCUCUCCUUGCUGAGAUCUCCAAGGGUACCGUCACUGCUGAGACCGAGAAGGAAAUCAAGCGUGUCGUUGAGGAGCACGUCGCUGCCUUCACCGCAUAA